AUGGAUCACCAGCAUCUUUGCGCGAAGUGCAAAGCACUUACGCUGGAUGAUUUCGAGGAUGGCUACCUACACUCCCUAGUUUCUUAUCUACUCAAUCAAGAGGAUAAGAAUAUCGGCCCGUGCUCUCUCUGUGCCCUCCUAUUAUGGUCCCUGAGAUUCGACAAGACCUACCUCCGAAACAACUCAGAGGACGAGGUCCAUCUGUUUUUAAAUCCACCACCAAAGCACACAUACGCCAAAUUGCAAUGCAUUGAUGUAAUCGUUUCGAGCAGAACCGUGUCAGGAUUUGGCUGGGGUCCUCGAGGCUAUGACGAGCCAUGGCAUGUUGGACCUCCGGAUUCGAGGUACGAUAUACGAAGAGGGCGUUUGACGAUCUAUAGUGAACGCGGUAGUGUGAACGAGGCGAAUUUCAAGUACCGACCACUUCUAGAGAACUCCCAAUCCGCAGCAUGCUUCUCUCUUGCGAAGCAGUGGCUUGAUAAUUGCCUACAAAACCAUGGAAGCGCUUGCCAGAGUGGUGCGAAGAAAUUACCCACACGCCUCAUCGACGUAGGGGAUAGCUCAAUGCUUCCGAGACUUGUCAUCACCAGCCAACAAUAUCUUCCAGACCCCGAGAGUACGAGAUACGUUGCUCUGAGCUAUUGCUGGGGUCGAAGUACGUUUCUCACAACAACCAGCUCGAAUAUAGGGGAUUUUAUGACGUCAAUUCCGUGGGAGACAAUACCGAAAACUAUCCAGGAUGCAAUCAUCGUAACCCGGGAACUAGGAGUCCAAUAUCUAUGGGCUGAUGCUUUUUGUAUCCUUCAGGGCCACGAUGAUGCUGCAUAUUCGGACUGGCAAAAAGAAUCGACCAACAUGCACCAUAUUUACCAAGGUGCAUGUCUUACGCUCUCCGCUGCUCAUGGUGCUCAUGCGAACGAAGGGUUGUUUCAUCAGCGAAAAAUAGAACCAGUGCAACCUUGCGCACUCCAACGAAGCCCCAAAUAUCCUGUGAAGAUACUAGUUGGUCCGGAACCUCCUCAUCUUCUGCCUCAUCUAGAGCCGUUAAAUACAAGAGCAUGGACACUUCAAGAGAGGCUUUUGUCGAAUCGUAUCUUGAGCUAUGGAACUGCGGGUCUGCGUUGGAUGUGCCACCAGUCACUUCAUCAUGAGACUGCUCCCAAGCUAGGACAUCAAGGGUUUUGCAUAAUGGAGACAUCAAAUCCUGGCGUUGAAAGUGCAACCGUCAAACGACUGCAAAAAGAUAGUCCACAGUGGAUGCUCACAGAAUGGAAAACGAUUGUGGAGCACUUCACGCAAAGGAAUCUAACCUACAUCACUGACAAGCUACCUGCUCUCUCUGGUCUCGCGCAGAUGGCCCAAAAUUCUUGUAAAGACACAUAUCUAGCUGGCCUCUGGCUCAGCGAACUACCGCAGCAACUCAUGUGGGUACACCGCGGGAAACGUACACAAUUAGGGACCACGUACAAUCGACAAUCGCAGUACCGUGCUCCAUCCUGGACGUGGGCAUCUGUCGACGGCAGAGUAGAAUUCUUACACGGGUACGAGAGCUUACCUGAAAUAGUGACCACGUGUAGCCUCACUAUUGAAGAUACUCAGCACCCUCGAGCUAUGCAAAAACAACCGCUCAAAAUAUUCGGUGUCAUGAGAACCUUGCCGAGCAUCAGGUACGAGCACUCGGCCAAGUACUACGGCGGUGCCGAGCCAGUAACAGACUGGAUUUCAUAUUCCGACGCCCUACGCACCUAUCUAGAUGAUUUGAAAGCCCUACCAGAAUCCCAGGUUCGAGAUACGCCUGAUUCCCCUAGAAUGCUACUUCGGCCGGUACUUCUGUUCCUGGGUUCUAAGAUGGUGUCGGAAGGUGCCUCCAUCUCCGGCGCUUUUCUCGAUGUUAGCUCUUAUACGAUUAAUCAUCUAUGUUCUGGCUCCUCGGCUGUUUGUUUACUUUUCUCCGUCGUAAGGGAAGAGUAA